AUGUGUAAGAAGGAUAAAGUUGAGAGGCUAAAAACUAGUUUGGGCUUUGCUGGGAUGGUUGUUGUUGAGGCCCAGGGCCACAAGGGUGGAAUUGCUUUUCUUUGGAGGUAUGCCGAGGAAGCCCAACUCAUGAACUUUAGCACCUCUCACAUUGACCUAGUCAUUGAAUCACGUGGCAGCCCCAAGUACCGCCUCACUGGUCUAUACGAGCUUCAUGGGUACCCUUAUACGUGGGAGAGAGGUAGAAACAGCUCAAAUCUCAUAGAAAUACGACUUGACCGAGCCCUUGCUAAUUCUAGUUGGAUUCAUUCCUUUCCAGAAGCCAUACUCAGCAACCAUGAAAUUUCUACCUCUGAUCAUUGUCCCAUUAUAUUGUCCCCGAUCCCCAAUACCAGAUUUUCCAUUGUAAGGCGUUUUAAGUUUGAGAAUGCUUGGUUGCGUGAGCCCAUGUGUCGUCAAAUUGUUGAAGAGGUUUGGCAAGCUAAUCGGCAUCAUCCUAUACAGAAGAAACUUGCCAUUUGCGCCGAAGUAUUGGGUCCUUGGGGUCAAGAUAUCACAGGGAGUUUUAGAAGAAGGCUGGACCAAUGUAAUCGUACCUUGAAGCUUCUGAAGCCUCUCCAUGAUAGCCACUCUACAAAGAAAUUCCAAGAGGCCUCUUCAUCAUUGUUUGAGAUUCUUACACAGCAGGAAGUAUUUUGGAAACAGAGAUCCAAACAGUUGUGGCUGCGCGAAGGGGACCUAAACUCCAAGUAUUUUCAUGCAUCGGCCAGAACCCGUAGGCGUGCCAAUCAUAUUGAGAGUCUCCGGAAUGAUACAGGUGAGAUGGUGGAUUGGAGGUCUGGCCUUGAGCAUCUCAUGGUGGAGUAUUUUCAGACUCUGUUCAAGUCUUCGGUUGAUGAGUGGAACGAAGUUGUAUCUCGUGUUGUGCCGACCAUAACCCCAAGUCAGAAUGCAAUGCUGCUGGCUCCAAUAGAGGAUGAUGAGGUUAAAUCGGCAUUGUUCCAUAUGCACCCAGACAAAUCCCCUGGGCCGGAUGGGAUGAGUCCUGGCUUCUAUCAAAUGUUUUGGCCUAUUGUUGGGCAAGAUGUUAUUCAUGAGAUGAAGAAGUUCUAG